AAUUGGGUAAAUGGGCUGGGCCAGGAUGAUCCAAAUGGAGCCCAAGUUCACAGCCUCAUCAAUUUGUGUGGCAGAGAAUGAGAUAGGCCAUAGCCAUAUCCGCUUCGUUCCCACACAAAAACGAACUCACAGAGUUGAUUACUUUCGCAGAGUGACCGCCAUUGCAGAGCAAUCAAGAAAGCCAUGGCUAACGUGAUCAUGGGCUCCUCCAAACCCGUCAUCACAUCCCUCUCAACCCCUACAAACCCAAAACCGAAACUCCAAAUCCCUCAAAUUUCACUCCCUCGGAAAAACAAUCUCCCUUCCCCUAAACAACUCCUCGGCCUCUCCUCCUCCGCUCUCAAAUCCCUCUCUCUCCUCGCAGCCACCUCCCUCACUUUUGCUCCUCCCUCUCUCGCCGAAGAGAUGGCAAAGGCCUCUCUCUUCGACUUCAACCUCACUCUCCCCAUCAUAAUGGUCGAGUUCCUCCUCCUCAUGGUCACUCUCGACAAGAUCUGGUUCACUCCUCUCGGAAAAGUCAUGGACGAUAGAGACGCCUUAAUUAAGGAGAAGUUGAGCAGCGUGAAGGACACUUCGGAGGAGGUGAAGAAGCUAGAUGAGCAGGCAGCCGCGGUGUUGAGAGCGGCUAGGGCUGAGAUAGCGGCGGCUCUGAACAAGAUGAAGAAGGAGACGCAGGCGGAGGUGGAUGCGAAGUUGGCCGCAGGGAGGAGUAAGGUGGAGGCAGAGUUGCAGGAGGCGUUGGCGAAUUUGGAGACGCAGAAGGAAGAGACAAUCAAGGCUCUUGAUUCCCAAAUUGCUGCCCUUAGUAAAGAUAUUGUGAAGAAGGUAUUACCUGUCAAUUAAUUACUACUAAUUUUCCAUGUCUUAAUUAUUGUUGGAUGGAGAGUAUCUCAUAAUUGUGUUCAUAUGUUGAUCAACUCUACCAUAUUGUAUUUGUAUAUGAAGAAUGCAAUUCUUAGAACUCUUGUCUUUGUCCAGA